UUUUGUUGUUUUUGCCUGUGAAAAUAAAUGGAAAAUGAUUAGACAAAAAUUUGAUUGAAUAAUUGUUUUAAAACUUACAAUUGGUUCGUAAUUAGACAGCAGUUCGUAUCUUCAGCCCUCCUUUCAUCGUUCCAGUCUGCCGUACCGAUCGUUCAUCUAUUACAGGAGGUAUCCGAUCCAAAAUGACUUCCACAAUUACAGAUAUAUUCAGAGCCGACCUCACUGAUGAGUCGCGCAAAAUGGAAGUAGAUUACAGCUCGGCUUGCGAUGAAAAAAUUCCUCUAUACAAAGAGAUGGCCUCUAGCGGUAAAUUCAUCGAAGCUAUCGAUGGACUUCUAUCACUAGAAAAACAAGCCCGAACUGGUUCCGAUAUGGUAUCCACGAGUCGUGUGUUGGUAGCAAUCGUACAAAUCUGUUACGAUGCGAAAAAUUGGACAGCUCUCAACGAACACAUCUCUUUACUAGCCAAACGUCGUAGUCAAUUGAAACAAGCGGUCGUUAAAAUGGUCCAAGAAUGUUGCAAAUACGUUGACGAAAUUACCGACGAAGAAACAAAGUUGAAAUUGAUCGAUACGUUGAGAAACGUCACCGAAGGAAAAAUCUAUGUGGAAGUUGAAAGAGCCCGAUUAACUCAUAAAUUAGCCUUGAUUAAAGAAAAAAAUGGUGAUAUCGCCGGUGCUGCGACGAUAAUGCAAGAAUUACAAGUAGAAACGUACGGAUCGAUGGAAAAACAAGAGAAAGUCGAAUUGAUUUUGGAACAAAUGAGGCUCACUUUGGCGAAAAAAGAUUACAUUCGUACCCAAAUAAUUUCCAAGAAAAUCAACGUCAAGUAUUUCGACGAUGAAAAACUUACGGACGACGUUCAAGUUCUUAAAUUAAAAUAUUUCAGAUUAAUGAUAGAAUUAGAUGAACAAGAGAGCAACUACUUGUCCAUCUGUAAACACUACAGGGCAAUUUUAGUGACGCCUAAAAUCAUCGAUAAUGAAGAAGAAAGAAAAGCUGUAAUGAAAAACGUCGCCUUAUACGUCGUAUUGGCACCUUAUGAUAACGAACAGUCGGAUUUAAUUCAUCGUAUCUUACAAGACAAGCACAUUCAAGAAGUGCCAGUUUACAAAGAAUUAUUGAACUUGUUCGUAAACCCGGAAUUGAUUCGUUGGAAGGGAUUAUGUAACACCUUCGAGAAAGAUUUGAAGCAAGGUUCAUCGACUCUAGCUCCAACCAAGGUAUUCGCAUCCGAAUCCGAAUUCGGUAGUAAACGUUGGGAUGAUUUGAAAAAACGAGUCGUCGAACACAAUAUCCGAGUAAUGGCGAAAUACUACAACAGAAUCACUCUAUCGCGUAUGUCCGAAUUGUUGGAUUUACCGCCUAAGGAUGCGGAGGAAUUUCUCAGUCAAAUGGUCACUAAUAAAACGGUAACCGCUAAAACAGACAGACCAGCUGGUAUUGUCAAUUUCGGCACAAGAAAAGAUCCCAGUCAAGUUUUGAACGACUGGUCGGAGAAUCUGUCGUCGUUGAUGAAGCUCGUUAACAAUACAACGCAUUUGAUUAAUAAAGAGCAAAUGCUCCAUAAACAUUUAUACUGCAGUUAAUAAAUUACUUGGAUCGUCGAAUGAACUUAUUCAAAAGUGUAUUAUACUAUUAAUUUUAUAAGAAAUAAAUUUUCUAUGCGUUGUUGUAAA